UAAGCCAAAUCCGAACGCAUUAGCCGAGAAGCCCCUCGGAUCUGGCUAUAAAAACGAUGUGGGCACUAUUGGCCGAAAGCAAUUAGAGCGGAGAAACAUGCAAGUCCAAACGUUUAUUCUGAUCUCCCUGGGACUAUUGUCACUGGCUGGGGCCCAGCAAAAGCAUCCGGCCACGGAGGUGAAGCGAUGCUCUGGAAAUAAACCCUUUCCGCUGGAGGUGCGAGUUCAUGGAUGCGUUACUCCGCCUUGUCAAAUCGUCAAGGGAUCGACGCAGGAUUUCGAGAUCGACUUUGCCGUGGAUAAGUACAUCACCAAAUUGACGACCCUGGUGAAGGCCACCACCCUCGGGAUUAUCACGGUGCCUUACGAACUGCCGGCGGAUGUCGCUGCCGUCUGCCCCAAUCUUCAGUACGGCGCCUAUUGCCCGCUUUACGACACCGAGGAUGUCUCCUACCUGUUCAGCUUUCCCAUCGGGGAAUACCCCGAGAUUGGCGUUAAGAUCGAAAUCUAUCUGGUGGAUCAGGAUGGGGAGACUGCCACGUGCUUCGUUUGCGACAUCAAGGUGGUCAAAGGCAAUGGCGGCAAUUCAGUAAAUCAACUGGACAAUCUCAACUAAUGUUGGGGCGAACUCAUUCAUCAAUUGGCCUAAAUUACUGUGAUAUACCAUUCUAUUUUUUCAAAAUCCAUCGCUGAGCUCAACCAAGAUGUCUCAUGAAUAUUUAAUAAAAUUUUAAAAGCUUUACCCCAACAUAUGAGGGUGGUUUGCUAAGUACA